ACAACGUAGGAAAUCAUUUUAAAAAAGAAGAAGUUGAGGAAACGUAUGUCGGUUGGUUUCCUCAAACAUUGAUAGUUAUGGCUUCUUCUAUUGAGCGUUUACUGGGGGAAAUCUCCGGUGUUGAAGAUCCAAUUGAAGAGCUACAGAGUUUAAAAACAGCUUUAUUAUCGGUACCUCUCAGUGCUUUGAGAGACUCGUUAACCGGGCGGCGUUUUGAUGUAAUAUUCUCCCUAUUAAACUCAAAUCAGAGAGAGCACGUUGAUCUGUGUGUCGACAUCCUCAGUCGCAUCUUAAUGGCCCUCAGCCCUGUGCAUCUGGCCCAGAACUACAGGGUGGAGCUGCAGGGGGGCCUGACCCAUCCUGAUGAAAGUGUUAAGAUACUGGCCUUGACACAGAUUUGUAGAAUGGUGGAGGACCCUGAUGCUGUCACUCAAAUCCUUAACUACCAUGACCUUCUGCGAUCAGUGAUCCGCUGCAUCGGAGAAGAGAAGAUUUCUGUGGCAAAACAGGCCAUUCAGUCCCUGUCUAAACUGAGCCACUCUAAACCUGGGUUGGACAAAUUGUUCCAGAGCGACCUGCUGAAAGUCAUGAAGGAUGUGAUGGCCACAAGUGACAUUGUCAGAUACAGAAUAUAUGAGCUGCUGGUGGAAAUCUCAAAUAUAUCUCCAAUUUCCUUUGGGUACUGUGCCAACAGCAGCCUCAUUUCCCAGCUGCUGGAUGAGCUGACAGGAGAUGAUGUCUUGAUCAGGGCCACAGCCAUUGAGAUGGUGACCACUCUUGCCCACAGUCAGCAUGGUCGGCAGUAUUUGGCCCAGCAGGGAAUCAUGGACAAGAUCUCCAACAUGAUCAGAGGUGCUGACACUGACCCCUUCGCCUCCCUCUACCUUCCUGGGUUGGUGAAGUUCUUUGGAAACCUGGCCAUUAUGGACAGCCCACAACAGGUUUGUGAAACCUACCCAGCCUUCCAGAACAAGGUGUUUGAAAUGGCUCUGGACCCGGACCCUGUAAUGAACGGAGUUUCUCUGGACACGUUAGGAUUAAUUGGAUCUACAGUGGAGGGGAAGCAAGUCCUGCAGAAAACAGGAGAAAAGUUUAAGGCUGUGCUGGUAAGAAUGAGUCAGUUUGCCAACUCUGGAGCUACAGAGCUCAGAGUGCGCAGCUUGGACGCCAUAUCCCAACUUCUUACUCUACAGCCAGAGCAGCAGACAGAAGACCUUCUGUCCCUGACAGAGUCCUGGUUCCACCUUUUGUCCAACCAUCCCAUGGACAUGAUUCGCAACAUCAGCACUCAGCCGUUCCCGGAGCUGCACUGUGGGGCUCUGCGGAUAUUCACUGCCAUUGCCACUCAGCCAUGGGGCCAGAAGUUAAUGAUCAGUACUCCCACUUUCAUGGAGUUCAUUCUGGAUCGAUCAACAGGUCGGACAAAGGAGGCCAAAGAUGCUAAGUUUGAACUGGUGGGGGCACUCGCAUGUUCACCAACAGCAGCAGAGAUCCUGGGAAGUCAGUGCUACAUCUGUCUGAAGACUUAUCUCAGAGAAGGACCUUACUAUGUUUCAGCUGUGGCUGCAGUCAGCACUGAAGGAGCAGACUGAUUCAGACAAACUCUCAUAUAAACUUCAUGGGUUUCUUGUUGGUGCUUAAGUCGUGGGUCCGUUCCUGAAUAAUCAAACAGUGGGUGUUACUCUGUGGUAACAUCAUAUAACAGGUCUGCCGACUCCACACGAUAUGUUAACACAUGUUCAGUGUAUGUAUUCAGAGUUGGACCAAAACCUCAUUGAUCAACCGCUCUGCUCUAAAAAUCCUUCAGACAUUGAUUUGAUUUUGUGUCAGAAAUAUUGUUCAAAAGACGUUUUAAUUAAAGGGGAUUCAGUCUGACAACA